AGUUCAAGACAUAAACACAAGCGAGUUAACAUCAAAACAAAAUUGGACUAUAUUUUAACAAUUCUGAUAUAAUUUCCAAUGUAAUUAUGAGAAUUAAUUGAUGAAAAUUAUUUAAAUGCAUGUAUUUGAUUUGUAACUAUUGCAGAUUACGAAUAAAAAUGAGCUCCAUAGACUCUUUAGCUGUAAAUUUGAUUAGCGAACUGGUCACAUAUUUCUACCAGCAUUAUAUUUUUGCAACUGUAUUGUUCUUAAUUACCUAUUGGAUCUUGGUAUGCCUUUUAAAGCCUAGAAAUCUUCCCCCUGGACCCAUUAAUAUCCCUUUUUUCGGUGGCUCAUGGAUUUUGACAUCAAAUCCUUAUAACGAUUUCGAACGCCUAUGGAAAAAGUAUGGUAAUUUAGUGUCAGUUUACGUUGGAAAUAAAUUGAUGAUUUAUAUAUUUUCGAAACGAUUGAUAAAGGAAGUUUAUAUAUCAAGGGGAGAUGAUUUUCAGGCAAGAGUUACUGAAGACCUGCCCUUUGAAGAUGUUUUAUUCCAUCAACCAUAUGGUGAAGCGUGGAAAAAAUCUAAAAAAGUGAUUGUUCAAUUGCAUAAGAAAUUUAUUAUGAACAACAUCGAAAAUGAAGCUCUGAAAUCUUUAGAAGAUUUAUCCUGGGAAUUGCAACAAACUCAGUCAAAAUUGGUUAAUCCAAAAAAUCUGUUGAGACAAUUUCAUACUCAGAUAAUAUUUUCAUUAUAUUUUAAUGAAAGAAAACCAAUAGAUGAUACUGAAUUGAAAGAAGUUGGUAGUCUUAUGAGUCAAGUAUAUACUGCAACAAGCGUUCAUUACAAUAGCUGGGUACUCUUUGUGCCAUUUUCAUCGCUAAUUUUUAGAAGGGCUCUUAACAAACCGAGCGUUGUUGUUUCAAAGUUAAGAAGACAUUAUGAAGUUCGUUAUGAAGAACGACUAUCAAGAAUUGAGGGGAAAAAUCCAUCGGAAGCAAGUGACAUCAUGGAAGCCCUUAUGAUUGAACUUGGUGAUUUAACAAAAAUACAAAUAAUUGAUACAAUGAUUAUACUCUCAAUUGACGCUAUUCAUUCUCAAACUAUUGCCUUGCAAACCUGUUUACUAUAUUUGGCUUAUUAUCCAAAGCUUCAAGGAGAAAUUCAUGAUUUAUUAGAUAAAUCUACAGAUAAUCAACCUCCAAACCUUACCCAUCGUCAAGACUUAGUUUUGAUUGACGCACUAUAUUUGGAAACUCUUAGAACAGACGACAUUUUAAGCGAAAGUUCUAGUCAUCGACCUAUUAAAGAUACAACACUAGAAGGUUACAAUAUACCUAAAAAUGCUAUUUUAGUACCAGUUUCUUCCAGCAUUCAUUUUGACGAUGGAAUUUAUCCGAAUAGCGAGAAAUUUGAUCCAAAAAGAUUUAUUAAAGAUGGUAAAUUGUCUUUUAAGAGAGAUGAAUAUUUAUCAUUCGGAAUAGGUCCUAGAUCGUGUACCGGUGAACAAUUUUCAAGAACAGUAGUAUUUCUAACUAUUGCAAGAUUACUACAUCAAUUUCGAAUAAGUUUAUCAAUGAAAGAUUAUUUUAAUGAAAAGCAAUUGAAAACGACAGAAUAUUUUGAUAAUUCUCUCUUAGAUGUUAGUCUAGUUUUCAGUCCGAGGAGAUAG